CCGAUGCCAUCUCGUGUCGCCGUGAUCGGCGCGGGAGCCGCCGGCCUGGUGGCUGCGCGGGAACUGCGGCGCGAGGGCCACGACCCCGUCGUCUUCGAGCGGGCCGCCGGCGUGGGCGGCGUCUGGCUCUAUGACUCAGCCGCCUCCGCCGACCCGCUUGGCGCCGGCGGCGUCCACUCGAGCCUCUACGCGUCCCUCCGCACCAACAUCCCUCGCGAGUGCAUGGGCUUCUUCGACUUCCCCUUCGUCGCCGACGAGAGCACCGGCGACCCGCGAAGGUACCCCGGGCAUGAGGAGGUGCUCCGGUACCUCGAGGCGUUCGCGCGGCGGUUCGACCUCCACGGGCUGGUCCGGCUCGAGACGGAGGUGGUCCGCGUCCGCAGGGACGACGCGAGCGCGGGCUGGAAGGUGUCCUACUGCUCGACAAAGCUCUCCGGCGCCGUCAGCGAAGAAGUAGAGGAGGAGGUGUUCGACGCCGUCGUGGUCUGCAACGGCCACUACGCCGAGCCGCGUCUCGCCGGCAUCGCUGGCAUAGAUGGUUGGGCAGGAAAGCAGAUGCACAGCCACAGUUACCGUAAGCCCGAGCCGUUUCAUGACCAAGUUGUGGUGAUAAUAGGAUACAAUCCCAGUGGGAUGGACAUUUCGAGGGACAUUGCUGGUGUCGCCAAAGAGGUCCAUGUUGCCAUUCGAUCAGCGCCUUACGGACUGCAGAGUACUACUGCAAAAGCCAACUUGUUGCUACAUUCCAUGAUCGAGUGUGCCGAGGAAGAUGGCACCAUUGUGUUCCAAGACGGUAGUCGGGUCAAAGCGGAUGUCAUCAUCCACUGUACUGGAUACAAGUACAACUUCCCAUUCCUAGGUGACGGCGAAGAGGCUGUUGGUAUCUGUGUGGACGACAACCGAGUGGGUCCUCUAUACAAGCAUGUGUUCCCACCACAACUUGCUCCUCACAUGGCCUUCAUUGGAUUGCCGUUCAAGGGCAUCCCUUUUCCAUUGUUUCAACUGCAGAGCAACUGGGUGGCUGGAGUUCUAUCAGGACGGAUUGAGCUCCCAUCACAAGAGAAGAUGAUGCAUGACGUGGAAACAUUUUACUUGGAGAUGGAAGCUCGCGGAUGCCCCAAAAGAUACACUCAUGGUCUGACACUAACGUUUGAGUAUGAGGACUGGCUGGUGGAGCAAUGCGGGCUAAAGAAGAUUGAAGAGUGGAGGAAAGUGAUACACCUCGCAGCAAGAACCAAGGUGUCAGAUCAGCCUGAGAGCUACCGAGACAAGUGGGAUGACGACCAUUUGCUGGCACAAGCACACAAUGAUUUCACAAAGUAUUUCUGA